AGCACAAGCUUCAUGAACCCAUAUAUUUAGAACUGAUGGUCAAAGGUCAAAGAUGCUGACACGUGAUGCGCAGGGAACGCUGAAUCACUGAUAAUGUUAUUGGAUUGGUUUUUAGCAGAAAGAAGUAAAUUCUGAAUCAGUAAAAUAUAAAGAAAAGGCAUCGCGCUUUGGAGGUUGCAUUAACUAAGGCAGGCAAACCGGCAAGGGUGGUAGUGAUCCUUAUUCCUGGUAUCCCAUUUGCAAUUGCAUGUGAUUCCCUCUUCCCUACCUUCACAUUUUCUUUCAUAAUUCAUAAAACAUAUAUAGCCUCUUGGAUCGAUCUCUGCUGCAACCCAUGGCUCUUUCAACUCUUAAACUCAUUAUUCUUUCUCUUUCCAUACUGUGUGUGGUUGCUGAAGCCCAGCUUGAAUGGCCAUCUUCGACUUCAACGAUGCGUUUCCACGAUGAGAUGAGUGGUAGUGAAAGUGAAGACGAAUACGAUGAGAGAUGGAGUGGUGAAGGGAGAGCUCUGCAUGUGAAAGCAAAGCACUAUGACAUAUCGUAUGGUGCUCUGUCUGCAAAUAGAUUGCCUUGCCCACCUCGAUCAGGGAGGUCUUACUAUACUCACAAUUGUUUCAGAGUGAGAGCGCCCGUUAACCCUUACACCAGGGGCUGCACUUCUAUUACUCAUUGCAGGAGAUAAUUUUGCUUCCGUUUAGUGUUUGGGUUGGGCUUAUGGUGCGUUGAAAUGUCUCGGGUCUCAACUCUCAGUGGAUUAUGUUUCGGGCCUUCCUUCGGCUAUAGGUUCUGAU